AUGGUCACCUCGCCAUCCAGGACUCGGGGCAGUGCGCCCGGCAUCUCCAUUCGCAAUGGCCCAAUACCAGGUGGUGCUAUGGAUGUCGACGAGCCAGCCAAUGGUACUGCGAAACGAAAGUCACGGAGUUCCAUCGGCCAGGCAGUGAACUACAGAGACGCAUCAGAGAGCGAUGAUGACGGCGCACCCCUAGCCAAACGCCAAAAAUCCAGGCACAAGGCGGAGCUAGGAAGCGACGACGAGCCGAUUGCCCAUAAGAAUGGCAAACUGCCUCCGUCCUAUAAGGAAACCGCCAUGGGCCUGUCAUCGGAUGACGACAAACCUCUGGGAGCAAAGCUAGCAGAAAAAAAGGCUAGCAUUCAAAAAGCUGCCGCCAAGGAGGCCAAGGUGCUACGCCCUACUGACUCAAAAGUUAAGAAGCCAACACCCAAGAAGUCCAUCAAGGACGAAUCUGACGACGAGCCCCUCGCCAAACCGAAGAGAAGACAGUCCAACGGUGUCUCAGCGUCAGCCAAGAAGUCGAAUGGCGUCAAGCAAGACCCCGAUUCGGAUUCAGAUGCGCCCAUCGCAAAGAAGACCAAGAAGGCUGUUGUAACCCCGAAAGCGGCCGCCAAGAAGGCCGCUCCAGCAGCCAAGGCCAAAGCUACUACUCCUAAGAAGACCGCAGCCAAGCUCAAGGCUGAGUCGUCAAAAGACAAUAGCGACGAUGAGGCAGAGGAAGAGUACCGCUGGUGGGAUGCGCCAAAGAAAGAGGACGACUCGAUCAAGUGGACAACACUUGAACACAACGGUGUCAUGUUCGCCCCCCUCUACAAGCCACUGCCAAAGAACGUUAAAAUGUAUUAUGAUGGCAAGCCAGUCGAGCUGCACGUUGAAGCCGAAGAGGUGGCCACCUUUUUUGGCAACAUGCUGAAUUCGACGCAGAACGUCACAAACGAGGUCUUCCAGAACAAUUUCUUCAACGACUUCAAGGACAUUCUCAAGCAGACGGGUGGCGCAAAGGACAAGAGUGGCAACAAAGUCGAGAUCAAGGAAUUCGAGAAGCUCGACUUCACUCACAUCUACGAACAUUUCAAGACUAUCAACGAUGCCAAAAAGGCGCGGCCUGCUGCUGAGAAGAAGGCCGAUGCUGCUGAGAGGGAAAAACUGGAAGCACCCUACAAGUACUGCAAGUGGGACGGGCGGAAGGAAAGAGUUGGCAAUUUCCGCAUCGAAGUUCCGGGCCUUUUCCGCGGCCGAGGAGAACAUCCCAAAACUGGCAAGGUGAAGAGGCGUGUCAUGCCUGAGCAGGUUACCAUAAACAUUGGCAAGGAUGCCAAGGUACCGGAGCCUCCAAAGGGCCAUCACUGGAAGGCUGUCCAGCACGACAACAAAGCGACCUGGCUGGCCAUGUGGCAAGAGAAUGUCAAUGGCAACUACAAGUACGUGAUGCUGGCAGCCGACAGUGCCGUCAAAGGCCAAGCCGACUUCAAGAAGUUCGAGAAAGCCCGCGAACUCAAGAAGCAUAUCGACCGCAUUCGCGCCGACUAUACUAGGGAUCUGAAGGCAGACGCCAUGGCGGACCGCCAGCGUGCAACUGCCGUCUAUCUUAUUGACCAGUUCGCAUUGAGAGCCGGUAACGAAAAGGACACUGACAACGAGGCCGAGACGGUCGGCUGCUGCUCCCUCAAAUUUGAGCACGUCACGCUCCAGGAGCCGGACAUUGUUAUUUUCGACUUUUUGGGCAAAGACAGCAUUCGCUUUUACAAUGAGUUUCAAGUGAUCCCCCAGGUCUUCAGGAACCUGAGGCACUUCAAGAAGCCCCCAAAGGAAGAGGGCGAUGAUAUCUUCGACAGACUGAACACCGGCCAACUCAACAAACACCUGUCGAGCUACAUGCCCGGGCUAACCGCAAAGGUGUUUCGUACUUACAACGCAUCGUACACCAUGUCGAAGCUGCUUCGUGAGAAGAUGGGAACGAUCAAAGGGAUGUCGGUCGCUGAAAAAAUCAAGUUUUACAACGACUGCAAUCGCGAGGUGGCUGUACUCUGCAACCACAAGAGAACAGUUGGUGCCGGGCACGAGACACAGAUGGAAAAGCUAGGCGACCGUAUUAAGGGCCUACACUACCAGAAAUGGCGUGCAAAGAUGAUGAUACUGGAUGUUGACCCCAAGCAGAAAAAGAAGAAGGGUGCCGAGUACUUCCAGCUUCCGGCCGACCUAGAUCAGGAAUGGAUUGAGCAACACCAGAAGUAUCUCGUCGAGGAGCAACGGACCAAGAUCCAGAAGAAGUUUGAGAAGGACAACGAGAAACGCAAGGCCGACAGCGAGAAACCGCUGCCCGAUAAGGAGCUCAAGGAGCGCCUAAAGGCUGCAACGGAACUCGAGGCCAAGUUCAAGAAGGAGAACAAAACGAAGAAAGUCGAGGCUGAAGGCAAGGGUCCAACAGUUGAGAAGUUCAUCGCCGCCGUCAAGAAGUACGAUGAACGCAUUCAAGUUCUCGAGCUGCAGUCUGCCGAUCGUGAGGGCAAUAAGGAGGUCGCCCUAGGCACAUCCAAGAUCAAUUAUAUUGACCCCCGUCUCACUGUCAUCUUCUCAAAUAUCUCGGGCGUGCCGAUCGAGAAGUUCUUCUCGAAGACUCUCCGCGACAAAUUCAAGUGGGCUAUCGAGUCGGUUGGUGACGACAGUGACUGGGAAUUCUAA